GCGAACCCACCGCACACGCGCGAACCGACACCCAAAAUGGCAUUAUCCCUGCUGAGCUUAAACUCGGUGAUCCCGUUCAUCAAACGCGCGGACCACCGCCGCGACCGCGCGGCGCGCAUCAUCUACAACAAAGAGCACUGCGUCGGCGACUGGUGCGAGGGCGACUCCGAGGAGGAGCAGACCCCCUGGGACCGCGUCACCGGUCUAUUCGCGCGUGAAGAGCAAUGCGUCGGUGACUGGUGCGAGGGUUUCGACGAGGACGGCUACCCGUCCACCCCCGACGUCGCCGCCGCCGCCUUCGCCCGAAAGGACGACCACUGCGUCGGCGACUGGUGCGAAGACGACUCCUUCGACGACGCAUCCGGCUUCGAUCGCGCCGCGAUCAAAUCUCAAAAGCACCACUGCGUCGGCGACUGGUGCGAGGAUACAGACGAUACAGACGCUUCAAGCGCUUCCGGCUUCCCGUUCCCAUCCGGCUUGAACAACCUCAUCCCCAAAGACCUGGCGUGGACGUCCGAUCCGAAAUUCGCCGCCGCGAAUGUCUCGCUCCUCGUCGCCGAGACGGCGCUCCUUUUCCUCGCGUCGACCGUCCAGCCCAUCACCACGGGCGAGCUCUGCGGCGUGGACCCGACCGCGUUCGGGUGCCUCCACGUGGGCGCGCACCAGGCGUUCGCGGACGAGAUUGGCGCGGCCAUGGUGGCCGUCGCGCUCUCCUACACCGGCUUUGUCACCCUCCUCGCCGCGGAGAAUUUCGGGACGUGCGCCAAGUACCUCCUCGACCGCGGCGUCCCGCGAACGGAACUCGAGGGCGUGUCGUCGUACAGGUUCGUGCGCGGCGCCGAGGCGGUGCUCCGGCGCACGAACGACGUCGACGCGGCGGUGGCGUAUCUCCGCGACGUCCGGGAUCGGCGCGGGCAUUUCGUCCGUUCCUUUUCGAGCGGAGCGAAAACGUACACGCCGUGGUGGAAGAACGCGCCCGCGCCUCCUGUAACGCCUUCCGUAACGCCUUCCGUCGCCGAGAACAAGAGCAACGUCGUGGCGUUUCGGAGGAGUAACAAGCCGGGCGCGAUCGACGACGAGAAGGUUUUCGAGAAGGUGAGCAGCGCCGGGCGUUCCGAGAAGGAGAAGAAGCCGUUCCCAACCGGAACACUCCCUCCGAGGCGUUGAGUCGAGUCGAGACGUUGAGUCCGGAUGAUACGCGAGGAGGCUGCGAGCGAGGAGGUUGAGCGCGCGCGUCAUUCGAGUGCCCUUGAGCGCGGCUCGCGAUAGGGCGACUCGGGAGAUUCGUCGGGCGCGAGGGCGUGAUGUACAGUCAAACCAAACCUAUUACGUGCCCUUUCCCCGGGGGGGGGCCAGGGCUGCACAAAAAGUACGUGUGGAGGUAAUAUCACCAUUCUUUAAGACGG